AUGGGGAUUCAAAUUCAAUCCCAGAUGCUUCUCAUUUGUGCCAAAUCCCCACUGCUAUGCUGUCUGGAAUCUCAAGUGUCCAAGAGUGACAAUCUCUGCUGUACUGCAGUCAGAGAUGGUCGUUCUGCAGUGCAUCCUCUCCGCUUUCCUGUAAGAAGAUCUCUCCUGAACAUUUGCAGGGAGAUUGUGGAACGCUGGUCCGAAACUCAGAAUGUCGUUGCCACCGUGCAGAAAGAAGAUGAGGUCCAGGGCAACGCCACACUCAUUGAGAAGCAGGCGCAGAUCGUGGUGAAGCCCAGGAUGGUGUCAGAGGAGGAGAAGCACAGGAAAGCUGCGCUUCUGGCCCAGUACGCUGAUGUGACGGAUGAAGAGGACGAAGCAGAUGAGAAGGAUGACUCCAGCGCCACAGUGAGCCUUGGUUCUGACAGAUCUCUUUUCCACAACACCAAGAAUUCUUCACCAACAAAUUUGAAGGUAGAUGAUUCAAAACACAGACUGUAA